AUGAGCGGCAGACCAGGAGCUCCUAGUGCCUGGGACGACGAUUGGACGGCCAAAGCCAGCUCGCCAGCGACUCAAGCACCACAGCAACCAGCCCCGAAAAUUUCCAAGGCUGAGCGGCGCGCACAGCAUAUCGAACAGCAGCGACAACUCUGGGAUUCUGCCGACAACCCUGGUCGAAAUUUAUGGCUGGAAGCUCAGGGUGCCGUGCCAAACAGACAAGAGAUUAAGCCCGCAGUCACAUUACUCAGUCGAAAACCCCCUCAGAUCGCAAAGCGCACAGUCGCAGGUGGGAUUGGUGGUUUGUCAUUAGAGGAUGACGAGGAUAGCGAGGAAGAACGGUUGAAGAAGCAGGCCCUGGAGAGAGAAGAAAGACAACGCCGUGCUAAGAUUGAGCAUGAAGAGAAGCAGAAACGCUAUGCGGAAGCCCGAGAGCGUAUCAUGGGUUCCUCACAGGCUUCUCUAGCCUCGAGCUCUCGUGAAAGCUCGCAGGGUAGGGACCAGCGGAAACAGAGAGCGAGGCCGAAUAGCAAUUACAACAAUGCCAGUAAUAGCUACAAUGGUAAUCAGCGUCGCAGUCAACCCCAGACACCCGGCGAUCAAUCUCCGGCCAUACAGACCAUGGAAGGACAUCUCUUCGAUCCGGAAGAGACGAGUCGCAGGCCAACACCCAAGCGAGAGUCGUCGACGCCCAUCAUCGCCCAGGACAAACCUAUCAGACAACCGCGCGGGCCUGAAAUUUCUGGACGUGGAGGAUUUGGCUUUGCUGGUCGAGGCGGCAAUUUCAAUGCAUAG